AUGCUUUUGUUUACUAAUAUAGCUCUACCUUCUGUUUUUAUUAGAAUCUCGGGAUGUCUUUCUCCAGAGGUUUCAAUUCGUCAUACCAUAUCGCGUCAAUUACGUCCUUGGUCACGGUUAGAAUUAAAAGUUUUGGAAACUCUUGUUAAAAAACACGGUCAAGAUUGGGAGAAAAUUGCUAAACAUAUGCCUGGUAGAAAGGCUGGUGAAUGCUGUAUUCAAUAUUAUUCCAUGCCUUUAUACCAUCGUGAGCUUCAUGACGAAACUGAAAAUAUUCAUAUAAAAGACAUUAAAACUGAAUCCAAAGAGACUUUCUCCGAAGAAGAGUGUAAACUUUUAGACGACUUGAUUAAAAAUCUUGGCUGUAGAUGGUCAUUGAUUUCAAGUCAAUUCCCGUCAAAGACGCCGGAGUCAAUAGAAAUAUUUGUAUAUGAAAAUUUAAAUAAAUUUCCUGCACUAUUAUCACUCUCAGAUAAAUUGACUAAAACUAAAUCAUGGUCUGAUAGUGAAAUGAAAUUACUUGAUAAUUUAUUUAAAAGAUAUUGUUGUAAUAAUAAUUUAAUUUCGGAAAGAAGUAGAUUAUCAGGAUCCGCGUCUCGGUUAUUACUAUAUCAUCAACAUAAAUUACCAACACUUAAUAACGUAAAGUCCUCAAAAUGGAUCAAGGUAUCAAGUCCGUGGACAGAACGUGAGACGCGUUUAUUAAAUGAUCUUGUCGAACAAUAUGGUAAUGAUUGGUCCUUAAUAUCAAGUAGGUUGCCUGGGAGAACUGAAUAUGCAUGUAAAGAUAAAUAUCAUUCUUGUUGGCAGUUGUCAUUAAAUAGAACAGAAUUGGUAAAACAUUGUUGGCCACAAGAGGAUGUUCAAUUUUUAGACCUCUUAAUAUCAAAAUAUGGAAAAUGGCAAAUAAUUCCAAUUCUUUUACCUGGUAUUUCACCUAUGAAUCGCCAUGUACGCAACACAACUCUUACUCGAGGGUGGAAAGUAGAAGAAAUAUCUCUUUUAAAAGAUCUAGUAAAAAAAUAUGGUCGAAAUUGGAAAAAAAUAAAGUCUUAUUUUCCACAUAAACAAAUAAAAACUAUCGAAUUUCAUGUGAGGACAAAUCCCCAACUUUAUUACAUUGAAGGGCAAGAAAAUGAGAUUGAUCUCUAUGAAAUACAACAACAUUUUUAUGUAAAAAGACCUUGGUCUGGGGAAGAAACAAGAAAGCUUUUAGAAUUGAAAUCUCAAUAUGGUACAGAUUGGCGUAAGAUUUCUGAAGGCCUUCCUGGUAGAUUACCAUCUGGAUGUUAUUAUAAAUAUAAAAUGAUGACUGAGGUAUUCAUGAAAGUCGAGAAAGAUUGGAAUUUCGAGGACAUUAUACAAGUGCAAGAUCUAGUUCAGAAAUAUGGUUCAGAUUGGGAAUUUAUCUCUCAAAAAAUGAAACACAAAAGUCCCAGCGAAAUACAGCAACUGGUGAACGAAAAUUCUCGAAUUUUUUCUUAUCCUACUUCAUCGUUAAAUUCUAAUACUGAAAAAACUUUAACUAAACCUUGGUCCGAUGAAGAUAUAUUAAAGUUGACAAAUCUUAUCGAAUUGCAUGGUAAUGAUUGGAAAAAUAUUGCUGAAAAUUUUCCAGAGAAAACUCUCGAAGAGUGUGUGGAUUAUUAUAAUUCACAUCGGAGCAUUUUUCCGGAUUUAAAUCCAUUUAGCACAGAUAAUUGGGCAUUACCAGACCGCAGUGGUAAAUCAUGGACUGAGAAAGAAGUACAAUUGUUAAAGGAAUUAUUAGGUGAAUACGGUGUGGAUUAUCAUCGAAUUUCAAAAUUUAUGCCAGGGAGGACGUGUGCGUCGAUUAGAUCAUAUGUUGAUUGGCAUCGACAGGAUUUUAAUGAACUUUGCACAUUUGAAAAUAGAGCAAAAGCAAUGCAAUGGACGAAAGAUGAGGAAAAUAAGUUACUGAACCUUGUAAAACUUUAUGGAGGGGAAUGGAAAACUAUUUCUAAUAAUCUGUCAAAUAGAUCACCAACCGCCUGUAAACAAAAAUUUUAUAGUAUGUUACGUCCAAAUAUUCCAGCUUCAAAGAUUGAA